AGGUGGACGGGUUCAAGACCGGAGGAAGGCCGCCUAGUUCCACAGGGAUCAGGGCAGAUCUACAAAAGUAUUCUCUCAUUUGUCGAGAGCAAGAGACGACUACAGGCCAAGCGAUUUUAUGGUAGAGGUGAGAUCCAAAAGCAGUGGAGGCUGCCUUUCCGUAUUGGUAAACGCAGAAUUUCUAGUUUCCGUCUACUCUUGCAUUUUGGGUUUGUUGAAAAAGGCCACGUCUGACCAAGAUCCUCUCGGCACCCUGUACAUAUUGACAAGAAAAGGCGAUGUGGGAAUUAAAGAAAUAUACCCGUCACGUAGAUUCACGGUGCUUCGCGACUCGCACUGUUACAUCCACAACUAUUGCUAUCUCGACCUGACCGUACGGGUGGUGCCUGAAAGAUCGUUCGUCAAACUGGUCUCGAACGAGUUGCGGAAACGUUUGUUGGACUAUUCCUUGGCUAGCUGCCACCUGGCGACACUGACGUACAAAGAUGAACUGCACAGGACGGGCAUCUCUUUGACAAAUGUCGGCAAUUGCAUCUGCAAAACUUGCACUUCAGGUGCGCACGACUGCGACGUUUUCAGGAGAUACUCGCAGAACUAUCUGAUGUGCUUUGAGUCGGCGGAGAAUGUGGAUAAAGGGUCGGCUCUCAUCUGCGAACAAGACAGUUUCCUCGGGCUCGUCACAGAUACUGUCACAAUUGAUGGAUCCAACUACUACGUUUCAGUCGUCUUUUUGGAACAUUUGGAAUUUUCCAAGAGAGUCUAUUCAGCUGCUAUAUCACAAAAGUUCCCAACGGCAUAUGUUUUUAAAUUUUACUUCCUUUGGAAUAUUAUAACUUCUGUCUCAUUAUAAUAAAUUUUGACUGCAUGUUUUUUCUUAUCAUAGACAAAUCAACUUGCUUUCACUAAACAUAAUACCCGAUAACAAAAUUAAAUACGUAAGUUCCAAUUUGAUUUUUUAAAAGCAAAAAAAAC